GUUCAAUUAAUAGCGUAGUAGUUUAGCAUUUUUCCACAAUUAAAGUGAAUGUGGUGCUAUAUAAGAGGGAGGAAUUGCUUGAAACGGCAGUACUACACCCGACAAUGAUCGCUCAAAUCGCAGCUUUGGCCCUUCUGGCGGCUUCGGCCAGCGCUGGCCUGUCCUACGCUGGGGGCUUCCACGGGUUUGGGGGGCAUGCCAUCGCCGUGGCCCCCAUUGCCAUCAAGGAGACGGUCGUCGAUUACCACACCCCAGCGCACUACCAGUUCAAAUACGGCGUCGAGGACCCCAAGACUGGAGACAAGAAAGAACAGUCCGAGGUGCGGGAAGGCGAUGUGGUCAAAGGGGAGUACUCGCUAGCUGAGCCCGAUGGUACUAUCAGAAUUGUCAAGUACACAGCUGAUAAGCACAAUGGGUUUAACGCGAUCGUGACAAGGGUGGGUCAUGCCGUCCACCCGCAGCCCAUCGUGGUCGAGAAGGCCAUCGCUGUGCCCAUUGCCGUCCAUGGGAUUGGAUACGAGGGGUUGGGACAUGGUGGAUAUGGGUUGCAUGGACAUGGAUAUUAAGUUUCUGGUCAUUUUUCAUCGCUCUUUUAUACGUCACUGUGAAUCGUCGCUCAUCUCUCAUCGUGUCUCUUGGAUAUUUCAAGAGAAUAUUAUGUUGUAAAUAGAUAGGUUUAUUAUGAAAAACAAUAUAAUUUUAUUGCCAAA